AUGGCUGGAUCUGACACGCGCAAAACGGUGCUGAUAACGGGCUGCUCGGCGCACGGCCUCGGCCACGCAUUGGCGAUCGCGUUCCACGAUGCGGGACUGCGUGUGUUUGCCACCGCGCGCAACCCGGACAAGAUGACCGGCUUGCGGGAGCGGGGGAUCGAGUGCUUGCCGCUGGACGUGCUGGACGAGGAGAGUAUCAAGUCGUGCGUGGAGAGUGUCAGAGGUUUGACAAGGCGAGAUGGCGAGGAUGAGGGCAGAUUGGAUUGUUUGGUCAAUAAUGCUGGUGGAGGCUACAACAUGCCCGUGGCCGACAUAUCCAUCCCGGAAGCGAAAGCCCUGUUCGAUCUGAACGUCUGGUCCUGCAUCGCCGUCACGCAAGCAUUUCUACCCUUGCUGAUCAACGCCGCCAAACCCAUCACCACCACCAACCCAUCCUCCCCGAGGAUUUCCAAAUCCAAAUCCCACCCUCCUCCAAGCCUGAUCCUCAACAACACGUCCGUCUCCUCGGUCGAACCCACGCCCCACAACAGCGCCUACCACGCCAGCAAAGCCGCCACGGCCAUGUUCUCGACACACAUGCGGAUCGAGCUGCAACCGUUCAACAUCCACGUCAUCGACCUCAAGACCGGGUGCGUGCACUCCAACUUCCACGCGAACCACCAGGACGGCCGCGCCAGUCUGCCGGGGGACAGUAUCUACGCGCCCGUGCGCGAACAGACCGAGAGCGCGAUGCGCAAUGCGUUCCCCAUCCGCGAGGAUCCCGGAAAGUGGGCCAAGGAUGUCGUGCGCGAUGUUCUUGGGUCGUGGGAUAAGGGUGGUCAGGGCGGAGGUAUGCCGCUGGAGAUCUGGAGGGGCACGGGAUCCUGGAGGACGUGGUUCUACAACUGCACGUUCUGGCCCACGGGUUGGUGGGAUGAGUGGUGGAGAAAGGCCGUGGGGUUGGAUCUGUUGAGGGAGAAGGUAAGGAAGAGCCAUGGAUGUUAA